GAGGUAAUAUCAGGUGCAUCUCUACAGCCUCAGGGCUCAACUCCUACACUUUUAAGUCCCUCCCAUUGAAACAGCCUCCUUCAGUUUCACUUAAUCAAGCAGCGGGCAGGUAGUUCUCUUUCAGCAGUGACAGCAACUGUUUGAACACUUUGAGCAACUGGUUCCCUGCUCCCAAAUUCUCAGUUACUUGUGGCAAGUGCUGUUUUCUCCUGAUGCCUUCCAGAACUGGCUUCAAAUCAAAUCUUUUGAGAAUCUCAUUUAUAAAUUAGAAGGAAGUUUGGAGAACAUAUAUUUGACUGAAACCAAAUAAAAUCACCAUUAACAAGCUGGUGUAAGUCCAAUAAUUAAAGGAAGAAGAUGAGCAUGAUCAAAGAACGUAAGCCAAAGAAACCUCAUUAUAUCCCGAGACCUCCAGGAAAGCCAUUUAAAUACAAGUGCUUUCAAUGCCCCUUCACCUGCAACGAGAAAUCACAUCUUUUUAACCACAUGAAGUAUGGGCUUUGUAAAAACUCAAUUACUUUAGUGUCUGAACAGGAUCGGAUUGUCAAGUGUUCAAAAUCAAAUUCCUUGGAACCAAAGCAGAUGAAUGAAGCAGAAUCUGAAACAAAACCAAUGUCUUCUAAAUCUCUAUCAAGUCUUGAUUCUAAACCUCAGUAUCUUUUUGCCAAAGAUGAUGCUAAGGAAAACAUAGAAGUUCAAAACCAAACAACAAGUAAUGGACAAAAAGCAUCUGUUCAGAAGGAAUUAACUCUGAUUGGUAAUGACGAUGGCAAUACAGCUAAUAUACAGCCUGGUCUUGAAGGUAUUGUAAGACCUUCUGCUUUUGUCCCGGUAGAACACCGACAUAGUAAAGACAAUAAUGAUAUAUCUCAGUUGCCAUCUUUUUCUGAUUCAAGCAAAAGCACUCCUUACCACAUGAAGUCAGCAUUUCAUGCUCCAUGGAAAACAGGUUCCUCGCUUAUUGCGCCAGAUUUUACUAACAAAAUUCCACCUACAAAAGGGUUUAACUCUAUUCCAUCCUAUAUGAAUCCAAUCAUCCCCGAAUAUUCACCUUCACUCUAUGAACACGGAUUUGCUAUCUAUGCACCUUACCUUCUCCCAGGAAAUGCUCAUGAGUGUGAUAGUCCAGUGCUCUCUGUCUACAGUUCUCAAGAUCAAAGACAUUUUCUUCCUCAUCCUGGACCACUUUCUAAACCAAUAAAUCCUGCAACAUAUGAACACUACCGUUUAUUCCAGCAAUAUCAUCCUAAUCCACCAGUACCAUAUGGAUUCUGCAGACCAACAGAGUCAGCAUUUUAUAGGCUACCGCACAUUACAAGUAUUAACAGAGAUCCAAAUUCUCAUUUAAUGGAAGACACAACCUUGCUAUAUCCAGCAUCUUCCAGUCCAGCCACGUUACAUUCAAUAAAUACUAAUAGAAAAGAAGUUGACUAUGAGAAAGAAAUCCCUACAGAGCAUGCCAAAAGUCAUUCCAAAGAGGACCAAAAUGAGAGAGAAAAUGCCAAAAUGAGUCCUCGUGCUGGAAGUGCAGCCACAGGGUCUCCAGGGAGACCCAGCCCAACAAACUUCACCCAGACAAGCAAUGGAACUUGUGAAGGUCUGUCUGACCUUUCCAGCAGGUCAUCUGCCAUUAAUAUUAACAAAUACGAUCAACCUGAAAGUUUUACAGCAUUCAGGCCUGUGAGGAAAACUACAAACCAGUCUACCUUGCCUCUAUCACAGGAAGCCAGAGUAAAUUCACCCAGAAGUGAUGUCACUAGUGAAAAUGAAAAAAUGCAACAUGCAAGUGAUGGUACAGAAGAGCCUUUGUCCAACUCUGAUGACGACAUAGGGGUCGCACCACUUAAUCUCUCCAAGAAGCCAGAUGCAAAUAUAGUUCAUGAACAUAUGUAUAAAAACACUUUGCAGUCGGAACAUCAGAACUUCAUGGAACUCCAGGAAAUGCCUCUGAAUCUCUCAGUAAAAGACAACUGUAAUACUAAAUUACAGGGUUCAUCAUAUGAAGCUGAAGACAUUGAAUCUCUUGAAAAUGAAAGCAAAUGUUUGGGAGCAGAAAUAUGCAACUCAGCAAAUCACACAGAUAGAAGCUCCUUUGAGAAGUCUCCUGUUGAAAUGCAGAGGAAAGAUGUACAGGAGCUCAGGACAGUUGACUGUUGUGAUGAACAAAAACAGACUGCAGCAGUUGCUCUGUGUCAGUUGGCUGCCUAUAGUCCUAGUAAACUCCAAAUGGAGUCUGUAGAGAAAAGUAAUCAGGACAGCAGCCCUCAGUUUACCGGUUCUACCCCUGAACCAUCCGAUAUUCAGGAUAAUCGCUGCAGUCCAAAGCCAAAAGGGCAAAAAAGGACCAAUCAAAGAGAAAUCUCCAGACUCCAGCAAGGAACAAAACGAAUACGAAUGAAUGAGUGCAGUAGAGUUUUUACCUUGAGAAAAAGAACCAGAGUUUCAUGAUUUUUCACCUUCUAAUGCACUCUCAUGGCGACAUGAAAGAGUAAUCGUCAAGCAUCAAAGGGACAACAUUUCCAGUACACUUUUUAAAGUUCAAUCUGCUGAACUCAUCUGAUUUAUUCAGGUUGUACCUUGUAAAUAUGAACUCUCUUUAAUUUUGUAUUUAUGUUUGAAGGUAUAACUCAAAUAUCUUCAGACUACAGAGAAAACAUUUAAAUACAAACGGAAACAAAUGACACAUUUUUAAAAUGCACUAUGUCAGAAUGAUUUUUACAUUCACUUUUAUUACCAAAGGUGUAGUCUGUAAUAACAUCAAUAUCUAACUUAAGGGAUGAGUAUCAUCUCUCUUUCUUAUUUUGUUCUCGUAUCUUUUUAUUUUAUUGCAGCUUUUGUCUCCAUUUUUCUUCUGCAAUUUAAGCUUAAAAGCUUCUACUUGUCUUUUAUAGCUUAAAUAGUCAUUGCAUUUUAAUUGAAGAUAUGCUUUGCUAACGUUACUUGAGAGCUCUUAUGUACUUGCUCUUUCUUUUCAAAUCCUUGUUGACAUACUGGUUUGCAUCAGUUUUAUCCAUAAUUAAAUGGCAGAAUAGAAAAUUUUAUGCCUUAAAUUAGUCAAUACAAAACUGACAUGAAACUGGUUUAAUGUUCUUAUUCUAAAUAUUUAUGCAAGUGUACUAUUAACCCAGAGACACUUAGGGUUGUUGCGAGCAUCACUGUAAAUGAACUGUUGUCUAAGUGCAGCCAGUAACCCAUUGUACUUCCUUUGUGCAAAAGUAAAAUGAAAACCACACCUUCAAAAUUAAAAACUAAGUUAAGUCAGGUCUUGAGAUUGGGCUUUUUGAAGGAGGUUCAAAUGGAAGGUGUUUGGAUACAAAUGCUUUUGUACUUGAUAAACAACGUCCUUGGAAAACUCCAGACUGAGGGGUUAUUUAUUUUAAUUAGAAAGAACACUGAUGGGGAAGGUGUUAUUGCUAUCCUUUGCAUCUAUACUAAAUUGUAAGCAUUACAAUAAUAGUAUUCAAGGCUGUGGCUGAGAGACAAAUUGUUGUUUUCUUAGAAUGCUGAAAGUCAUUUUCUAAUGCAAGAGUUAUAAAUAUAGAUUUGUUUUCUAAUUUUACAGUAAAUUGAAAUGUAUUGGAAAAAUUGUUUUGGCAGAAAGAGAAAUGUUUAUGUUGCUUUUGGUUUAUUAUGUGUCUUGCAUGAAGAAAGUAAAUCCAGAAUAAAUUAUACAAAAAAAA